UGGCUGCGUGUUUUUUUCUUUACAAACGCGAGGACGAGAGUUGUAAACGAAACGCGUGCUGGAACAAAAUUGCAGGGUGGAAAAUAAAGCGUGCGUCUUUUCCGAUCUCUUCAGCACCGCGGCCUGGGUCAAGCCUGGUUACUGCUUGGCAUUACCGCCUUUCAGUCCACCAGUGAGACUAGGGAGCCGAUGAUCCGCCUUCUCUCCAUCACUGCGUCUGUUCUCCACCAUUUUGUUGAAGUUUUCAGCCAUACCGCUAGCGCGUGAGUGUAGAGUGUAGUGAGCCCUGGCGUGGAAGCUUUUGUUUGCUCCGUGACAGGGCAGUUAAACGGUGCCCUCUUUCGGAGCUCUCGCUCGGUCACCUCAGAGCAGAGCGCAGCCUUUCUCGGUUUCUCAUCUCAGAUUUGAGAUUUGGCUGCCUCGUUUGUGUAUCUCGCGGGGGUCCUGGAUCGGGUGAGAAGGGAGAAACUGGCAGUCGGUGGGGAAAAAAACGAAUAACAGAAGGCGCUAACUUAAGUUAGCCCCGCGGCUGCGCCCCCAUUGUUUUGAGUCCCGUCUCCACCCGAGCCUGAUUCCCGCGCGCUCUUCUAUCCAUCACCAGAGAAGCAUUUCUUUCUUUUAGUGUACAGUCGGUUUUAUUUCGAUAUUAAAAAUGUGUUCUCGGGUGUGGUUUGUAACCGACCGGCGCAUUAGCCAGGAGUAUCCUCAAGUUCAGAUCCUGCGCGCUCUGAAGGAGCGAUGCUCCGAAGACGACGUUGAUUUCCGCUAUCUCUUAAUGGAUGAGAUCGUUAUAACCAUCAUGGACGGACAGCUGGGUCUACGAGUGGGGCAGGAGGUGGUGACGUCGUACCCGCAGGUGGCUGUGGUGCGUGUCCCUACUCCGUGGGUGCAGUCGGACAGUGACAUCACCGUUCUGAGGCAUCUGGAGAAGAUGGGUUGCCGUCUGGUCAACCGGCCCCAGGCCAUCCUUAACUGUGUCAACAAGUUCUGGACCUUCCAGGAGCUUGCUGGACAUGGAGUCCCACUGCCUGAUACUUACUCCUACGGUGGCCAUGACAACUUCCGUAAGAUGAUUGAUGAGGCAGAGCCGUUGGGUUACCCGGUUGUGGUGAAAAAUGCUCGUGGACACCGAGGUAAGGCGGUGUUUCUGGCACGGGAUAAGCACCACCUCUCUGACUUGUGCCACCUAAUCCGGCACGAUGCUCCGUACCUAUUCCAGGAGUACGUGAAGGAAAGCCAUGGGCGAGACGUGCGUGUGGUGCUUGUGGGCGGCAGAGUGAUCGGCUCUAUGCUGCGCUGCUCAACAGACGGACGCAUGCAGAGCAACUGCUCCCUCGGUGGCGUGGGUGUGAUGUGCCCUCUGAGCGAGCAGGGCAAGCAGCUGGCUGUGCAGGUGUCCAACAUCCUGGGCAUGGACGUGUGCGGUAUCGACCUGCUGCAGUUGAACGAGGGCUCGUUCGUAGUUUGUGAGGCUAACGCCAAUGUAGGCUUUAUUGCAUUUGACCAGGCGUGCGGCAUGGACGUGGCCGGUAUCGUGGCAGACUAUGCCCUGUCGCUUCUGCCCAGCCGCCUCAGCCGCAAGAUGUCCCUGCUCUCCGUGGUGUCCAGUGCCAGCGAGACCAGCAGUGAGCCUGAAGUGUGUAUCCCCCCAGAGGUAUGCGCACCUGUCCCACCCUGCGCCAUCCCCGACGCCAUCCCUGACGGCGUCAGCACCAUGAGCACCAGCUCCACUUCGAGUGAGAGUGAGGCGGAGCUUGCCGAGAUGAGCCACCCCCAGAGUGUUCCCGACCCCGCGUACAACAUCAACUCCAUCCUCGCAAAGGAGAUAAAACUGUUGACUGAGUGAGCUGAAGAGAAAAUGGCAACCACAUGCACAAACGUGCUCAUACACACACCGUACAUACAUAUGCAUACACAUACAGUACAUGUACACAUGCAAGUAAGCAUACAGUGGUCAAAUGCGUACACACACACACACACACACACACACACACACUCACAUUUGUGUUUUUGUACUAACCUAUCCUGUAAAACCUGAUGAUGAUGAUCUGAGGCUGCUCCCCUGACAGGGACUGCAAUAGUGCAGUGUACACUCUGACCGAGCUUUAGUACAGGCGUGCAAACAGUGAGUGAGUGAUUGCCACUGUAUUUCAGGGUGCAUUGUACUGGAGAGUGGUUUUAGAUUGGGAAAGAUUUGAGAACACACACGCACGAAACACCCCCCC